ACAACUCUCUGGCAACACUUUCACAGGGGCUGUCCCUAUCGUGCUUGCUCACCCUCCACAGCUCCUGGCCCCCCUUCCCGUGUAUCUUCUCCACACACUUGAAUGUUCCCCUUACUUUUCCCCACCGCCCCACCCAUCAGACAACUCGCUGGCAACACCUUCACAUCACAGGGGUCAUCAUCCCUGUGGUGCUUGCCCAUCCUCCACAGCCCAUUGCCCCUCAGUGACUUUCGUUAUAAUGAGCAUCUCUUACGAUAAAAAAUUUCUGCAUUCGCUCCUUCCCGAAAGUCAGACCGACAUCUCCCCAAUCGUGCUCUUCUCUCGCCCCCGCACUACUCACUCGCUCUCCCUCCUUUCCUUCCUUACCUUUUCCCCUUCCAUCCCCUCACAUCCAACCCCUUGUCUCCCUUGCAGCUUACCCUCCCCCCUCUCCGCCUCCUCCCAGCCCACCUCCUCCUCCUCCCCCCUCGCCUCCUCUUCCCCCUCCUCCUCCCUCCCCUCCACCUCCCCCGCUCUUCUUGCCACCACCACAGUCACCGCCGCCACCCCCAUCACCACCGUUACCCCCACCACCACCAUUUUCUAA